AUGUCAGACCCCAAUGCACCACCACCACCACUGAGUGCUCAUUCUGAAGGGUCUUCUCGACGCACUGGUCGUCGCGCUCGUCCGCCGUCGACGCGAGCUGCUGAAAGUACUCCAAAUCCCAACGACGAUCACUCUCAAGCGCAAGGUCGCCGUCCAGCUCAUCGGGCGACUGUCAACCAUCAUUCAGACCACAUUGCUGCUUCUGCUGUUACUGCUGCUGCUGCUGCUGCUGCUGCUGGUACUGCUGGUACUGCGGCUGCUGCUUUGUCGUCGUCCUCGUCGCCGGCCGCUCCAGGCCGAACAAGGCCACCGACGCACCCCCAGCAGAACAGGGCUCCCGCCCAUCCUCCCCAAGCUCGACAAACGCGACAUUUCGCUGCAGGUCAUACAGUUGCAGGCUCUGCUGCCGCGGUGCAGUCGGUCGGUGACGAGCCAAGUCAUCCUGCUCCCAAUCCAACGCGCCGUCGGAGAACCCGGCACCGCGCGCCACCGCAGACCGUGGUGGAACAACCGUCGUCGGGAAUAGCUGCAACGACACUGCCGGAACAUUCUCAACGGCACAGGAGGCACGCACCUCCACCGCACCAGCACGCCAGCUUCCAUCAUCCUCUCGAGAGCAGCUCGAGUUCUCAGACAACUUCGUUUGUGGCCAAUCCGACCACGCCCACUGGCGCCAACGUCUCGGAUGCGCUGAGCGCAGCUGCUGCUGCUGCUGCUGCUGUGGAACACGGCACGUCUCAAGCUAAUCUAUUUUCAAGCAAGUCUUAUGCCGGAUACUCUUUCAGCAACACGCACCUCCACAAUCACCACCUUUUUCCCGCUGCAGCGCAGCACCGCCCCGCUUCAUGCACCCACCACAGCACCCUUAUCUGGUACAAGACGCAGCUUCCAGCCCUGCUGUUCCAGCAAUCGAAAGCCGUCUUCCCGGUGGAUGUAUUGUACACUACUUCCGAGCAGGCUGCCAAUGAGUACAUUCAAGAGCACUUUGCCACGACAAGUUUAAUUGGCUUGGAUCUCGAGUGGCAUCCCGAGUUCCAGGCCAAGCAAUUUAAUGGCGUCUCUCUCAUUCAGUUGGCAACCGAAACCAAAUGCCUGCUGUAUCAUCAGCCUCGCGUUGAAAGCCUGCCGUCGGAAUUGGCCAAGCUGCUGGCAAAUCGGGCUGUGCUCAAAGUUGGUAUUGGGAUUUCAAACGACCUGGCUCGACUUCGACGGGCCUGUAUUAAUUCUGGGCAUGUGCACCUGGAGUCCAUCUUUGACCUUGGGGCGCUGAGCCUGCUGGUUUUUUCGGAUUUGAGGGGUGCUCCUGGAUUGCGAUCGCUGGCAACACGGUGUGGACUGGCAAUCAACAAGGCCAAGCAAGUGUCCAUGUCUGCCUGGGACCGCAUUCCUUUGAAUCACACUCAACUUGUUUAUGCCGUUCAAGACGCGUGGGCCAGCUUUUUCCUUUUUGCGUGUCUGUAUGCGUUGUCUCGUGACAUUCCUGCGACGCGAGUCUUUGAAACAACGCCAAAGGGCGCCGUCCUUGCCGGCUUGGAUCCCAAUUCUACCAUUUUCGCCAAUGCGCGUGCGAUUAUUCGGCUUCGGCAUCAAUCGCUCCAGGCCCUCGGAUUUUCCUUCACUGUCCAGCUGCCUGAUGCGCAGAUUUCCGUAAAGUCGUUCGAGAAGGUUUUGGACGUGUCUUUAUUUGCCAAGCAUUCUGUUGUCGCCACGGCAGACGGCUCAGCAGAGGGAGGCUGGACGCGUGCCGCAAGCGCAGGACGAUCGCGUGGCGCAGUGCAUGCAGCGGCCUCACUCACGACCUCCCCUGCCACCGCCGCCGCUGCUGCUACUGCCACUACUACUGUCACUGCUGCUGCGUGGAUGAGCGGGCGCGCGGCGAGCUCGGGGACGUCGCAGCGCAAACCAGCGUCUUCUGCUGGAUCCAGGACGGCUGCUGCCAAGACACUGACCACUGCAUCGUCGACUGGGCCGAGCAGGUCCUCCGCCGCCGCCGCCGCAGUGAGCACCACGAACGCUGCAGAUGCAGGUGCACAGACCACUGCAGCAUCGGGCCAGACAAAGCUCGAACCUACCCCGCAAAAGGGGCUGGACACCGCGAGCGUCGUGAAGACUGCAGUGUUGGGAUCAUCCGCUCCCACCGCCGUCGCCGCAACAGCAGCAAGCCCGGCACUGCCAAAGACCCAAGUGGAAGUGACGUACACGUUCACGACCCCUCAAGAUCAGAUUCCCGGCAUGCGCUUGACGGACAGCGCAGUCAUUGUGCCGCUGACCGUCAUGUACACGAGCUCGCCCAAAGCAGCCGACGAGUUUUUGCAGACCCAUUUCUCAAAGACCAAUGUGAUUGGCUUUGAUGCAGAGUGGCGCCCGGAGCAAAAGAACGAGUUCAACGGAGUUGCCGUGAUGCAAAUUUCCACAGAAGAGGCAUGUCUGCUGUACCAACGCAACGGACCUGGCGCGUUGCCAUCGCAAUUACUUCGGCUCCUAACGGAUACGAGCGUACUGAAAGUUGGUGUCGGUGUGGCCGACGAUCUGAAGCGAGUUCAGCGCGCGUUUGGCCUUCCCAAGCAAACCCAAUUCGAACCUGCCGUUGAACUUGGAACUUGGAGUCGUCUUGUAUUCAAGGAUCUCCCGACCCAGCCUGGCCUCAAGUCUCUCGCUGCUUACUGUGGCGUCGCCCUAAAUAAAAGCAAGCGCAUCACCAUGUCGGCGUGGAAUCGUAUUCCCCUGAGUACCAACCAGCUCAUUUAUGCCGUCCAGGAUGCCUGGAUUAGUUUUUUCAUCUUUGCGCGCCUGUUCGUUCUCUCUCGAAACAACAAGGCUGUCACGGAGCUCAAGCGCACCAUGUACAAUGGACGACUGAUGGGAUUUGAUCUUGACAGCAACCUUUUCAAGAACGCGCGGGCCUUUUCGCAGUUCCGCUCGCCUUUGCCCCGUGGUUUGUGCUACUCGUUUGUCGUGCAACAGCCCGACGCUGGCUCCCAGAUUCGAUUGCGCGACGAGCAAGCACUCGCCACACUGUUGCCUGUUGGCACCGCUGAGAGCGAGGCGGAAGAUCCCGAGCCCACGCUCAACUCCCCUUCUUCCCCUUCCGACGUCGCAGUAUCCGAGGUGGCACCGCCGUCCGAGGCGCUGGAGGCGGUCGCGGCCAAACCCACCGCCCUUCAAGUCACAGACAACAGCAAGUCGUCCGCGCUCCAGCCCGCGCCCGCGCCUGCGCCCGCGCCCGCUCCGGCUCCGGCUCCCCCAAGUGCCCCUCGUGCCGUCUCCAAUACGCUUCCGCUCCCGGUCAAGCCGAGCGAGCAGUCGCCCGAGUAUGUUGAGGCGGAGGGCUGGUUUACCCUGCUGCGCGCCUCGGAUGUCGUGCAAUGGCAACGCUUGCAUCGCACUGUGCAGGCGCGGCUAAACAUUGGCGGGUACCGCAUCUUUGAGCACGUUGCGCCGACCCUCAAAGACGCCAUUGAAGGUGUCAUGCAGCGCGCGUUGGUUUCCAUCAAACUCGAUCUCACAACUUUGGGCGAAUCCAUCGCUCCUCCGCCUGCCGUGCUGGUUGGCUCGACCAUGUUGCUGUCUUCAUCAGCGCACAACGUUGAGGCGUUUGUAGACCUCAAUCAUCCGCAUCACUACACCACCGAGAUGCUGCGGGCGACAAUUGUGGCGUAUUCGAAAAUUCUUGGUCUCGGGGCCACUUGUUUCGAGAUUUAUGGAUUUGACAAGCCCCUCAAAGUGCGCUUUGAGGAUGUCAACAACAAUGCAAUCAUGUCGUCACCCAGCCAGGUUCCAUCUGGACCGUUCCGUGUGAUCAUUCCCGGCUCUGUUGUCGCACCCAUGCGAAAGGAUGCCGCUGCGUUCUCUCGCGCGUGGUUGUUCGAUCUCAUGCUCAUUCUCAUCGGGCAUUUGCGCAAGCAAGACCUCAAGUUGUCCGACCCUGAAUGUGUGCGAACGCUCGAUGUGUCGCCUAGUUUAGGCUCCUCUGUUGCUGCUGGUGUUGCUGCCCCUGCUGCUGCUCCUGCUGCUGGUGCUGCUGUUGCUGCUCCUGUUGCUGCUGAUGUUGCUCCUGUUGCUGCUGCUGCUGCUGCUGCUGCUGUUGCUCCUGUUGCUGCUGCUGUUGCUGCCCCUGCUACUGCUCCGGCGCGCAACUAAAGGGGCUUUUCGUGUUUUUGCGAUCGAUUCAACAAAUUUGUCAUACUAAUGAAAUAGAGAACGUCAAUCUUGAA